AACGCGCGUCUCCUGGCUUGCUCACGCCCACUGCCUGCAGCCAGUUUCGCGCAGACCGGAAGCCCUUCUGCCCCGGCUUGCUGGGCCAUUAGCCAGUGCUGGCAAGAACCGGAAGCCCUUCUGCCCUGAUUGCCAGCGCGCGGUCGCGUUAGCCGCACAGGCGCAGUGGAGCACGGGCGGAGUUGUGGGAGGGGAGGAGGAAGAGGCGGAGGGGUUACGGGGGCCGGUCCCAGAAGAUGGCGGAGGCGGGGGAUUUCUGGUAGGUCCUACUUUCAGAAGAGAUGUGAUGGUAUUGUGGAAACACGUUGAUCUGCUUUGAUUUACAGACAGUUGAGCUUUUCAGUUGGGAAGCCUUUUUUUUUUUUUUUUUUGAACAGCUUACUGAGCUUAUGAAACCAUGGCAGAAGGAAAGACAGAAUCACCUGGUCCCAAGAAGCGUGGCCCGUAUAUCUCAUCUGUCACUAGCCGGAGUGUGAACUUGAUGAUUCGAGGAGUAGUGCUUUUUUUUAUUGGAGUAUUUCUUGCAUUAGUAUUAAAUUUACUUCAGAUUCAAAGAAAUGUGACGCUCUUUCCACCUGAUGUGAUUGCAAGCAUCUUUUCUUCUGCAUGGUGGGUACCGCCAUGUUGUGGCACAGCUUCAGCUGUGAUUGGGUUAUUAUACCCCUGCAUUGACAGGCAUCUAGGAGAACCACAUAAAUUUAAAAGAGAGUGGUCCAGCGUAAUGCGGUGUGUAGCCGUCUUUGUUGGUAUAAAUCAUGCCAGUGCUAAAGUGGAUUUUGAUAACAACAUACAGUUGUCUCUUACCCUGGCUGCACUCUCCAUUGGAUUAUGGUGGACUUUUGAUAGAUCUAGAAGUGGUUUUGGCCUUGGAGUAGGAAUUGCUUUCUUGGCAACUGUGGUCACUCAACUGCUAGUCUAUAACGGUGUUUAUCAAUAUACAUCUCCAGAUUUUCUCUAUGUUCGUUCUUGGUUACCGUGUAUAUUUUUUGCUGGUGGCAUAACAAUGGGCAACAUUGGUCGACAACUGGCAAUGUAUGAAUGUAAAGUUAUUACAGAAAAAUCUCAUCAGGAAUGAAGAAGGCAAAAAGUAUCUUUUGUACAGAAUAACAAGAUGAAAAAGACUUGUAAAUGAUAGAUAUACCAACAAACUUUGGACUGUAAAAUUGCCAGGAUGCAGUUUUCCCCUUGAUUGGUGUGUAUAUGUAUGUAUACACAUGCAUAUAUGUAUUACUGCAAUCUGUGAUUGCUUCUCUGUAAAUCAGUUAUAAACCUUUAUGUAUUUGACUUAAAUAACUGUAAGAUAUAUAUGCACUACAUUAAAAAGUUGAUUAAUAGAUGAACUUUUUAAAUUAAUUUUUUAAACAUACCAUACAUUGUAUCUCAAUAUUGAUGUGCCAAAAUAUGCUGUUACUGUCAUGCAGAGUAUAAGAAUGCUUUGAAAAAUUUAUAAACUUAGUGAAAUAAGAGAAAAGCCACAAAGCCAAACAAAAAAACAAAAAGCAAAUGAGAAGCUGGUAUUUUCUUUUUUACUUGCUGUUGUGCCUUUUUAUUUUUCUAAUCACAGCAGUAUGAGUUAUGAGUGUCCUAAUGUGUGGUUAGUUUCUAUUUUACUGUUGUUUCAUGGAGUUUUGAGUAUGUAAUAUGGUAAAAAAUGAACUAUACAAUGUAUACUAUACAAUGGUUUCAAACCUGCAUUACUGGAGAGAACCUAAAGAAUAUUUUGUUUGUUUGUUUGUUUUUAGAUUUUACUGGAAUUUUUGUGAUGAGCAGGAGAGGUUAUCAGCGUUAAAUUGUUUUGAGUCUAAAUUUGGAAGAGUCUAUAUAAGUAAAAGUAAAGACCACUAGGGAAUUUAACUAGAAUAAAUAUAUGUUUUGGAAAUACAAAGUAAACCUCCUAUAGUACCAUAAAGUGUAAAAUGAUAUUAGCUGUCAUUUGCAGUGCUUGUGCACAUGGAACGUAUAAGAAACUAACUGAUCAAAAUGAAAUUUUUAAUUUUGCUGGAUUUUAGAAAGCAAACCACUUUAGCUGGGCUCAUAUGACUGACUGUGAAUGGAAUGUCUGGAUUUUCAACCUUAUCAUAUGCAGUCUGAGGAAUGGAUGGGUGCAUAACUUCUUGUGUGUCCUUAAGCCCAUUAGUGAAUAGUUCAAGGCUAUUUACGAAUGACUUGAGAUGGCAUUCUGUGCAUGUUAAAGAUCUUGCAAAUGGUUUGGGGCAUAUUUUUUCCAAUAACUAGCUCCAUUUAACUAUGGUUUAAAUAUAUUCUUAGAUAACUUUUGUCCCUCAAGUUUUGCUUUUGAAAUUAUGACAAUUAUCUGAUACAUCAGGGAGAAAUCUUCUGAAUACUCUAGGUGUGUGUGUGUGUGCACGCAUGUGUGUUGGAGUGAGUGAGCGAGAGGAUGUGUAUGUACAUGUGCCCAGGCUUUCCUAAAAUGUCAAGUAGAUAUUUAAAAUUUUGGUUUAAAAUGGUUGCUCUGAGACUGAGUCUUAUAUGCCAAACUUUAAUCUGCUUUUAUGUUUUCAGGCUGAAAAUAUGAAAAUCCUAAGAGGAUUUCAUACAGAAUAUAUAUAUACACAACGUUAACCAUCGUGGUAGAAAACAUACUGCUGUAAUUUAUUAUUCUAUCUUCCAGAUAAUGUUAUUCAUUUAGAACAAAAUAAGUCUAUUUUUAGAAUCAACUUUGUAAACAUUAUAAAAUCUUUAAGAAGUCAUAAGGUCUAUAAUGUGGUUGCUUUAAAAAUUGCUGUUAAAAGCAAGAUGUAUUAAAUACAUAAUUAUA